AUGGCAGAGGUGGUCAAGUUCGUCAAGGCCACGUUAUUCGGUCGAAAGAAGGGCAAGAAGGACAAGAAAGGGAUUGUAAGUUGUUGUUUUUUGGACGUUUUAGAGAGUUCAGUAGCUGUUUUAUUUUUUUUGGUCUUUUUGAUACUAGUUUUGGUUUUUUGAGGUUAGUUUUGGUCACUGUUAACACUAGUUUUGGCCAUUUUUUGGUACUUUAUAGCAUCCUUUUGGCUAUUUUUUGGGAUUUUAGGCCCUUGAACGACCUUUUUUUCGUUAAAAAACGAUAAAAUUUGCCUUUUUAGAUACCUAAAUUAAUAAAAUUUUAAACUAUAUGUUUUUUUUGACUUUCUGAAACCAUUUAAAACUAUUUUUUAUUGUUUUGUUACCUAAAAUCUGUAUUUUUGAUAAUUUAGGCCCUUCAACGACAUUUUUUCGUUAAAAAAAGUAAAAAGUGGCAUUUUUAGAUACCUAAAUUAAUAAAACUUUUUAAAUCUCUAUUUUUCUGACCAUCUACAGCCAUUGAAAACCAUUUUUUUACUGUUUUGUUACCUAAAAUCUGUAUAUCUUUAAAAAAGUUUUAAAAUUGCCAUAACUUAUUGACCUUAUCAAAAAUUAGUGUAAAUGUCAAUAUAAUAUGAUAGAAAAAGUUAAUUUAUAUAUAUCUACUCAUUUUUGGCACUUUUCGAUAGCUGGUUUUAUUAAAAUGGUAGUUUAAAAACUUGCACGGUGCACCGGUGUUUUUUUUUUAAUUUUGGAUUUGUUACCUAAAAAUAAUAAAAAAUAAGAGGAAAAACACUUUUCGUUACUUAAAAUGUUUUAAAAAAUUAUUUGUUACCUAAAAUUUAAAAUUCAUGUACUUUGUUACCUAAAUUUAAAAAAAAAUUUUUGUUACCUAAAAUCUGAAAAAAAAACUUUUCUGUUACCUAAAAUUUAAAAGAAAUAAUUUUUGUUACCUAAAACCUGAAAAAAAAUCUUUUUUGUUACCUCAAAUUACUAAAAAAACCAUUUCAGAAAGCCAUAGAAUCCGCUCACGGCGCCUCAAUUCACGUUACUCCUCGCCGUUCCAGCGCUGGUCGAUCCGCAUACGAAUACGAAGAUGUAGCACAUCAACGUCAUUCCUUUUACCACACCGACACGAAGCGUCCGGCCCGUCGCACGGCCAAAUCAAUGGCCUGUGGCGAACAACUGGACGAGCCGGCUUCGGAUUCUGACGAGGAAAUCGUGGCUAAGCCUAAGAAAGUGGUGUUCAGUGGUCACAAUAGGAAGUAUAGCUUUACGAAGGAGGCUAGUUCAAGUCCCGACGUAGCUCGCGAGUUUGAGCGAAUGUCGAUGAGGUCGAAGAGGUCCAGGUCCAGGAAUGGCGAGGACAAGGAUAUGAUUAUUGAGGUAAAAAUGAGAGGAUUUUUAAGAUUUACGGUUAUAUCUGGGCAGCUUUUGUUGAUUUUUAGUAAUUUUGAUAAAAAACGUCAAAAAAAUUUCAAAGUGACAUGUUAUACGAUGAAACAUGUUUUUUCGUAUAACUUGUUACUUUUUGUAAAAAUAACAAAAAUGAACAUAAUUUUAGUUUUGAUAGCAUCUAUAUACUUUAAUUUAACCUUAUUUUGCCGUAUUUUUUACCAUGGUGACAUGUUAUACGAUGAAACAUGUCUAUACGAUGAAGUAUGUUUGAUCGUAUAACAUGCCGCUUUUGAAACCAUUUUUGAAAAUACUAUUAUUUCUGCUUUCAGAAGCUAAAGAACGAGCUAAAAACGGCCCAACAAAAAAUUUGCCAACAAGAAUACACAAUCGACCGAAGCGAACGCAAAUACGACAACCUGAAGCAUCGUUACCGCGAAGUAAAACGAAAAGAGAAUGAGGUAAGGUUGGAAACAAAGUUUUUGUCUUGUUUUUAGAUGUCUCGAACCAUUUUGUUUUUUUUUUUCAUUCAUGCGGAAAAACAGCGUAUUUUACCAUAAUUUUCCUUCCAGGACACCCUCAACCAGUCCACGAUGUACAACAACAUGACGAUGAUGGGUGGUUACCAACAACAACCUCAAUACUUCAAUCAACCCAUCGGAAUGACGACGGCCAUGCCCCCAUAUUACAAUAUUCAACAGCCAUUUUACCCGCCCAACAUGUUACAGUACCCCACUGUGGAGCAGUUUAAGAACACGGUAACUCCACAGAUCCCGACUCCACCAUCCACGACACAGUACGACAUGUCACCGAUGACGAACACCUCCAACAACGAGGUCAUGAGCACGGGGUAUAACAGUGAGGGUGGCGGUAGGGGCAGUGUACCAAAUUUACAUAAUUUUCAAAUGUCAUUUGGACAAACCUUACCAUCAGUACCAUACGGUCAAAUGGUACCAAAUUCGGAAAUGACCCAAAAAUCGAGUAUGGACAUGAAACUGGGACAAAAUUCCCAAAUGGUACCAACUGCACCAUUAGUACCACACGGCCAAAUGCUACCAAAUCCUCAAAUGACUCCAAAUCCACAGAAGACACCGAAUUUCCACAUGCUUCAAGACCCAAAAAUGGCAGCAAUUGUACCACCAAUAGUACCAUUCGGGCAAGCACUACCCCAAUUGAUGUCAUUCGUUCAAACGGUACCAACAUCACAAAAUGGACAGCUGAAAGGUGAAAUGUCAUUCGAACUGCCUCAGAAUCCGGAGUACGAUCCGAUUUCGCCGUCCGAUGUGGAAUCCGUGAAGAACUGGCCCGGCGCUAGCGAAGGCUUCGCCACCGAAUCCUUCAAGGAGGACAAGGAGAAUGUUCAAUAG